UGGCUUACCUACAGAAGACGCCCUGAAUCCCAGGAGCUAGUUUGUGUCCACGCUGCAAGCAGUAGCACUGAAGUUGAAGAAGACGUAGUAAGAAGGCUCAUGAGACAGGAGCGCUGGGAGACAGAUUGAGACCAUUACGUAACUCAGGCAGGACGUGACAUCAUGUUGCUGAGAGACCUGAGUGUAGCCUCCGUGGUGCUGCUCCUCUGUGUCCAGUGUCUGCAUGGAUCGGCUCUCCCUGCCGUGUCUUUCUAUGAGUUCACAGCCUACAGGAUGCAACAGUACAACUUGGCACAACACAAGCACGGUUGCCGUGGAGCCAUCGUGGUGGCGGAGGCACGCUCAGCGGAGGAGCCGGUGCUGACUCGCCGCUGUGUCAUCAUGAAGGUGCUGGACUUCACCACAGACAAAUACCUUGAAGCCCAGAGGCAAAAUGCUGCUGCCAUCCUGAUCCUGCUGCCCAAAAAUAUCUCCAGUAUCCCCCACGACACUGUACAGUCCUUCAUGGUGAGUGAGAGUAAAGCCUUGCUUAAGGAGACGCUCAUGCCCGUGUAUGUGGCACCUGAGGAUGAACAGCUGCUUUACAUGUACGAUGAGGUCAAGCAAGCUGCAGCCACCCGGACCUCAUCUAUAUUUGUCAGAGUCCUCCGAAGCAUGGUCACAGCUACGGCCUUUCAGAUCUUAGUGAGCAACAGUGUCCCUAUUAAGGGCUUCACUGACAACGCCAUCGCCACACUGGAGGGGGUGCUUCCCGGAGCAGGGGAGGAUGCACCCACUAUUGUCAUCACUGCCCACUAUGAUUCCUACGGGCUGGCACCAUGGUUGGCAUAUGGAGCAGACUCUAAUGGCAGUGGGGUCACCAUCCUGCUCGAGUUGGCACGUCUCUUCCAGAAGCUUUUUAGUAGCCCAAGUACCAUACCACCAUAUAAUUUAAUGUUCUCCUUAACCGGGGGAGGAAAGUACAAUUUCCUUGGCACAAAGAGAUGGAUUGAAGAGAAUCUGGACCAUGCUGAGACCAGCCUGCUCCAUGACAAUGUGGAAUUUGUGCUGUGUUUAGAUACACUGGCCAACAGUGAUGAACUGUACAUGCACGUGUCCCGCCCUCCUAAACCCGACACUCCCAUGCACUCUUUCAUGCAACAGCUGGAGGAGGUGGUGUCCUCCAGAUUCCCUCAUGUGAAGGUGGGACUGGUCCAUAAGAAGAUCAAUCUUGUGGAGUCCACAGUAGCGUGGGAGCAUGAGCGCUACAGCCUGCGGAAGAUACCAAGUUUCACUCUGUCACAUCUGGAAGACCCCAAAUCUGAGCUCCGUGGCUCCAUGCUAGACACCAUGUCCCAAGUGGAUUUCAGGAAAAUGAAGCGUAACGGCAUCAUCGUAGCAGAAGCACUGGCACGUUAUAUGUACAAUCUCUCUGGCAAGGGUUCACCAAAAGAUCUUCAGGUUUUCAAAGGCCAACUGGACUUUCACGACGGUCGUAUGUCCAGUCUGAUGUCCUUCCUGACGUCAGUUCCUCGAGCCACCCAGCUGCUGGACAAGGAGCCCAGUCACAUGCUGCUGGUUAACUCACUGGAGCACGAGUUCAAACGUUACCUGCAGCAAGUUCACAGACAUGCCUUCCGACAGGACAGGAGGGACCCUGAUAUUACCUUUUUUGAUCACAUGAACCCACCGGUAGUGAUGUACAGAGUGAAGCCUGCUGCCUUUGAUCUCUUCCUCGGCGGCUGCAUUGCUGCUUAUUUGGGGAUUGUUUACUAUACCAUUCAGAAUUGUGGUUACCUCUACACAAAGCUCAAAGCUGCAAUGAAAUCCAAGCACGAGUGAAUAAGACUCUGAAUACUGAGUCUAUGACAAGGCUUUUGAAGUCUGCAUUGCACAUGUUGGAGCUCUGCUUCACUGGCUGUGCAGAACAUGAAAGCAAAGCAACAAGAAUCUUCUAAGACUAAUCGUAUGCACAACUUAUAAAGUGUGCAUUUGCUUUUGAAAUGUAUUGCGUCCAUAAAUCCACUGUACUGUAAACCAUUUCUUUUAUGAACAAACUGGAAUUUUGA